AUGGAUGGAAACCUGUCUGUCAGAUCCGAGUCAAUGUUUCUACCAAAAGUCGACCCUUCACAGCACGAUCUACUAAAAGCCGUCUCGUACAGAAAUGAAGUAUUGCCGUUGAGGCAACUGUAUAACAAUAACGUUACUGUAGAACAGCUUCAAGCACAGAGAAUUUCCACAUUAAAGGAAGGGUGUGCCAAAGCUAGACAGAAUGGCAUAUACUUUCCACAUGGCGGCAGAUUACCAAUUUAUAAUGACGAGUAUAAAUUUAUGCUUUGCGCUGUUCCAAAAGUCGCCACUACCAGCUGGAAACGCGUUUUUCUUGUCUUGCAAGGUGAUGCGAACUCCACCGAAUCUCUGUACCACAAAGAAGUUCAGCACAGAUACCACUACCCUAAGCUUGUAUCUCUCUAUGGGCAGGAGGAGAAAUUCAAGUUAUCAAUGUACACCAAAGUUGUUUUCGUCAGAGAGCCAUUUCACAGGAUUUUAUCGGCGUAUAGAAAUAAACUGGAAGUCGUUGAUACCGCGAUAUACCGGAAAAUAUACGGUAGAGCAAUUGUUAAAAAAUAUCGGAAGAACCCUUCGCCGUUUUCGCUGAAAACGGGCUCUGAUGUGACAUUCCACGAGUUUGUUGAAUACUUAGCGGAUCCAAAGACAACAUUUACCCACAUGGACAUGCAUUGGCGACCGAUGUUCAAACUGUGCGAUGUUUGCAACAGGAAUUUCGAUAUCAUUGGAAAGUUCGAAGAACUACAAGAAGACGCCCUUUAUGUUCUUCAACGGAUUAAUGCUAGUCACGUGGUCAAGUUUCCAGGAUACGACACUCACGUGACUAACAGUUCAAUUGAGGAGACUUAUUUACAGUACUAUUCCACCAUUCCAAAGGAACUACUUUUACGUUUAUAUAAAAAAUACGAACUUGAUUUUCAAUUAUUCGGGUAUAAGACGCCUUCGAUACUGACAUGA